AUGAGCGCGCACCGAUACCGCGCCAGUCCCUCGGCUGCUGGUUCGUUUGAUACCGCAAGCCAUUCGACGAGAGAGCUUCUCUCCUCGCAGGCAUACACCUCCCUUUCUCCCCCUUUUGCGUCGUCUGCGAGCCCGUCGCAUACGCAUCGACAAAGGUCUGGGGAGUGGAGCAGCUCCGAGUUUGCCCGGCUUCUAUUGACGGAGCAGCUUCCUCAGUAUCUGUCGACUGAAGCCUCGGGUGAACAACGGCAGCAUCAUCUCCAAGCUUCUUCAGAUGAGCCCGCAGGAGACGUCACUUGGACCCCGAUCACACGCCCCUCUCACAGUCCUUUGGAUUCGUGGCCGUCGCAGUCAUCGCUAGACCUCCAGUUCUCUCUUUCAAACACAAGUGCGCCACCGAAUGCCUCGCCAAGCCACGACACGCUGCCCACGCCUUUCGAGCAGCAUCAGGUGCACCAGCAGCAACCCGUGCAGUUCAGUCAAGACGACACUUACCAGUCGGGCGAGGACAACUUGUGGGAGCAACAGCUUGCAACCAGUCUUUUUGGCGACUUUCCCUGUCCACCAUUCAGUGACGCAACACCUUCCUCUUCCUCCCUGCCGGCGACUGCUUUCUAUGCCAACGUCAACGCCAGCACGAUCAAUCCGACGCCUCUUGUCUCGCCAGAGGAUCGGCAGCUGGCAUAUGCACCCUUACGGGCCUUUCCCGGACCACCCUCACUACAGGGGUCAUCCGAAGUCUACAGGCCGCUCCAGCCUGGAGUGCAUUCGUACAUCGAACCGCUCUCAGUGGCUGCAGCCCCUGUCGACCCACCGAAGAGGGUGUCAGCGGCCUGUCGUUUCUGCAAGGCUCGCAAGCUUCGCUGCGACGGAUGCCAUCCGUGUCGACAAUGUCAGAGGAGGAGCGUCGAAUGCCUCUAUCAGCCCGAGACGCAGGCCAGACCAAGCCGGCGAAUGACCGACCCUUCAUUUGAAGCUUUCCGAUCCACGACGGCGCCUGCACCCAGUGAAGGCCAGCGGUUGAGUCAGCAACACGCCAAUCAAAGGAAGAGAAGCUGUACCUCAGUGGCCGAGGCUAGCCUUCGGUCUCACACACCUCACCUACCCGCUUCUGCCUCGGCCCAUUCAUGGUCUUCAAACGGCUCCACUUCCCACUCAACGGGCAGCAGCAUCGCAAGCUCCUCCGUCCUGGUCUUGGCUGGCGAUACCGCGGAUGGGAGUCGUCAAGACAGCAGCAGCAACAGCAGCUACAAAACGGCCAAGGGGGAGAAUCAAACAUCACCGGGCUCGAGCAGUACGGUCAAGAGCAGUCAUCCACCGACCUCGGCCAAUCAAACUAGUCGCAGAAACAGCAGCAAAGGCGGCGAGAAGAGCACGUUCAGCACCAUCAGCAUCAGGGUUCGACCGGAUCGGAAUCGGAAUGAUUCCGAGACGAGUGCCGCCCACGAGGUGCGGUAUGUCUGCCCCUUUCCGGGGUGUGCCAGCCACUUUUCGACAAGCGGGCACGCCCGACGACACAGCCGCAUCCACACAGUGCUGGAGCCCUUUGAGUGUCCGCACAGAGGUUGCGACAAGACCUUUACGCGGCGGGACAAUUGCACGCAGCAUCAGCGAGCACGGCACGCCUUUCAGAUGGUCGCCUAUCGCAAGACAGCCGAGCGCGCUGAGUCGAAGGACGAGCAUUGA